AAGAUAUCAUGUUGAUUCAAUUUACUCGGCUCAGUUCAGCUCAGCUCCGUCAUCUUGUGAAAUAAUUUUCGGCCUUUCUGAAUUCCUAUCUUACCUAGAUUUACUUUCAAGAAGUCGCCAGCCUACAUGUAUGUGCUUGAUUUUGAUUGAGUUUAUUACCACAUCAGCAUCAGCAUGACCUCAGAUGACCUUUCAAUAGUUCAUUGACCCAUAUCCUGACAUACCCAAACCUGAUAGUAAAAUGUUUGUCAAAUCCUACUGUCUCCCAGUCUAUAUCCCUGGAUAUGUGGAUUAAUUCUGGAUUUAAUGGGGGGAGGUCAGAUUCCAUAGCAGGGUAGAGGAAGUUCAGAUCUCUGUGUUUGGCUGCUAUACAGUACUGGGGAAGAUCGCAAUCACUGGAAAUUACCCCCACAUUCUCUGCAAACAGCUCAUGCUUUGUGUGCUUUCCGGUAAUGCUACAAACAUGCACAGGCGGAAUAUGAGAGUGUAGCUAGAGGCUGCUGCUGCUGCUUGCAUGCCCAUGUUCUAUGAACACAUGUUUAUUUGUCGCUACACUGUUUUCAGCUGAGCACAACACAUGCUGAAGUUCAAGUCGAGUUUGAUUACCCUGGAACUGGAGAUGUUAUCUAAAAACCAUAGUAUUUAUUACUGAUACAACCAGCAAGGUCUGAUGAGCUUGUUGUUGCUACUUUUCAGUUAUUUUUCUGAGAGAAACAUUUGAUUGCAUCUAAACCUCUCGUCACAAUUUGAAGUCCCUUGAUGACUUCAGCUGCUAUGCUAGUAGAUUUUUAUUUUAAAAGCACACACCCAUGAACACUGAUGUUUCGGACACUCACACGUACUUGCACUUGAAAUACGUGUUGCAAAGUAUAGCUCUAGUAGCCUGACCUGGGACUUUAGAGAUUUUAGGAUCAAUUUUGUAAGCUAAGGGAUCCCUCCCCAUUACCUCUGCCCUGUUGACCCAUAGUGGCAUGUGGUUGCUAUGGCGUGGUGUUUGGUUGCCAACACGGGAAUGCUGCACAUCCUACAGCAGGACUUGAUGUUGAUUGGUCGAGAUCAGUGUGACAUCUCCAUCCAGUCUCGCAGUGUAGACAAACAGCAUUCAGUGAUCGCCUAUGAUCAGAUUGAUGGGUCGCAUUCCAUAAAGGACGUUGGUAGUCUCAACGGGACGUUCGUGAAUGAUUCGAGGAUUCCAGAGGAGACCUACAUCCAGUUGAAGAAAGGAGACUCCAUCCGGUUUGGAUAUGAUCCUAUAACCUAUCGGUUUGACAGCCUACAGCUAGACAACAUUUCAGUGGUUAAGGACCAGGAAGGCUUCAUCAAGCAGGAAAUGAAUGAUUUGAGGGACUUUUAUUACGAAGUGGAAGAGGAGGAGUAUGAGGAUGAGGAUCAGGCUUUCUUGACGAGGCAGAGCCCACCCGAUUACAACCAGUCCCUUCGCAGGGCAAUGCAGAAGAGAAAUGCCAAGGAAAGCAGAAAUACUUACGGCAAGCAAGCUAGCUUACAAGAUCAUCGACCGGCAGCCCACGGUUCUCCCUUGUAUGGUCAACCAGCAUGGUGGGGUGAGAGUGAAGAUCCUUCCCCUGAUGGUAGUACUUCACCAGACGACCUGAGACCAAGAGCUAAUACUUUUUCAACUCAAGGUUCAUCAGACGACAACCGCCCUCUCGAAUCUCCGUCCCCUCACGAGCGGCCUUCUAGGCUUCCUUCCAACGAGCCUGAACGGGACAUCCCCGUCGUCAUCUACAACCGCUCGGACCGCCGUCCAACCCAGCAGGAGACUCCGCCGCCCCGCCCCCAGGCUCAGGCAGAGAUCACCCUCAUGGCGUCCAGUGAGAAGGCCAUCGGCUUCACCAUCGACUUUGGGAGCAGCGAUAAUGGCGCUUCCAAGAUUGCAAGGCCCGACAGCCUCCAGAACUGCAUCCCUAAGAACAUGAGGCAGAAGAUUGAGAAGAGCUCCCGCAUGAUGGAAGAGCUCAAGGCUGAGCGGCUGAUGAAGAAGAGUCAGGAAGAGGAAGCAGUCAUGCAAAGCCCCAGGGCUUCCCCACUGUCUUCCAGAACAGAUGGAUGGUCUGGGGCAGGACCAGGGGGACGUAGGACUCCCAAAGGUACACCUGAUACUCCAUCACCAGGCUACCAAGGCGAUGUCAACUUCCAGCAAAUGCAGCGCAAGAACAAGAGCUCCAACUGUCUUUCAGAACCCCUCCCUCCAGCCCACAUACGCCAAAGAACUUUUGUCAAGUCCAGUCAGAAGACAAAGCCAAACCGGGGCUCCCCCAGCCCCACCACCCCCGCCACACCAGUCAGCCCUGGCGUGGUGGACACGGAGGGGGAGGACUCUCAAUACCAGGAUGAUAUCGAUGUAGAGGUAGAGGGGGGUGGAGGAGAUGACGUGAGCGAGGCUGGAACCUACACCAUCGAGAGCGACUCGCAGGAGGUGGAGGGGCAGGAGGCCAAGGAGGGAAUCGAUGAGGAGUUUGGAGUCGGAGAGGAAGAGAAAGUGCCCAGUGAUGAUGAUACGGACAAGGAUGUUGGGGAUGAAGAGAUGGAGGAGGAGGAGGAGGAGGAGGCGGUGUUUGCUGGUAAACAGAACGGGAGAAGCAGACUGGAUAAAAGUGGACCCGGUUUGAGAGUUAGAGGGGAUGGAAGUAGCAGGACAGCGGUGGAUAAAAUUGAAGAUAUUGAAGGAAAGCUUAAAGGAGGGCCGGGGACCCCACAGUGGGUUCAGCAAUGGGCCACAAUGACCACCAACUCUGCCCUUCCACACUCCGGUCCAGAGAGAACACAGCAGCACCUGUCACCUGACAGACAUGAUGUGUCACCUGACCACAUCAUAGAGGGCUAUGAGGCUGAGCACUCUUCCAGGAUCAGUGACAGAGAUGAUCAUUUGAGCAAGAAGCCACCAUCAGGUACCAGAGUGCAAACAUCCACUACUCCCAGGACAGCACCUCCCCAAUCACCAGAUUCAGCUGGUCCCAGAGGAUCUCGAGGGAAACGCAUAUUGCCAAACACGCCUGCUGAAAAUCUUCAGACAGCUCGGCAGUCCUCCACGUCCAGCAGCUCGGAGCAGACCAUGAGACAAAAUGGCUUCCAGGCCUCCAACACCAGUGCCUUCCGCAGCCCCAGGAACCAUGCCAUAGAACAGCAGCAGCAGCAGCAGGAACAGCAACGCUAUCCUCAAGAAAGAACCAUGGAGGAAAAGGCUUUUGGAAAAAGGAGGCAGCUCCAUGGUAGCUCUGACCCCAUUGCUCCUAUGGGUUACCAGCAAGAGGAGGCACGGAGAGACUCCUGGGGUCCAGAGGGAAGCAUGGAUACCGAUGUGCUUUUGAAAGACACUGAGACCUUGAUGCGCAAUCUAGAAGAGAGAAUGCGAACAAAGCGUCAGGAUACACCUUCUCCAGAGAUGUCAGACUCUCAUGAAAUGCCACAUGACAUUUCCCAAGAUAUCUCUGUGGUGUCAUUUGAAGCAGAUGUAGAUACUGAUGUAGAUACUGUGAGCAAUGUAAGUUUAGUUGGAGGUAAUAACACAUGGGCAGGAAGUAAGAGCAGGCACUACUCCUGUCCCGAGGAUAAUAGUACGCCAGAACAACCGCACUACACUAAUGGAAGACAGAAGGCUGUCAGAAGCACUGAAAAGCCAAGACCAACUCAAGCAGAUGCACAUAGUAGAACAAGUAGUGAUAAAACCACUCCUGCACCAGCUAAAGGUGGUGGUAUAUGGAGUAGGCUAUCAACACCUAACAAACACAAGAUGUCGGCUGCAGAGAAAGAAGCUGACUCUGUGAGUGACUCUGAACACUCCUUCAGAAGAAAUACUCAUCUCACAGGUUCUUUACCAACAGGAAGGAUAUCAAACCGAUCAGUAUCAAAGGGAACAUCAGAAAACACCAAAGCUGUCAAAAAGCCUAAAAGCCUAAAACCACCCAACUUGUCACAGCCACGCCAAACCCGUAGCACCAUGUUACGCAAGAGUAGGUUUAGUGAAGACUCUGGUGCAGACUAUAGUGACAUUAGUCCCAGUUCUAGCAUGUCAGAUCUGAGCUCUUCCAAGAACUUCCGCCGUGGUGGAUCAAUGCGUGAGACACGUAGUGGGGCUGUCUCUGAUUCAGGCCGGCGCACACCAGGAGAGAGAGGCAGGGGGCGAACUUCUGCAUCAAAUGCCAGGAAUGGGGACUCCAGUGCAAGGACGGACCACAGUCUUGGAUCCCAAAUCGCUAGACAUGCCCGCACUCAGUCCAUGCAGGAUCAGAAAAUGAAGACAGCCGAGCCAAGGUCACGUCUUCCUACUUCUGCCUCUCACAAUCGCACUCCAUCUGGGAACUUAUCUCGCAAAAGUUCCAUUGGGUCAACAGACAGUAAUGUCAGUGGCGUAAGAAAGACCUCAACAGGAGCCUGGAGAAGGUACGAUACAGCGGACGACUCGGACCAUGAUGUGGACAGUUACAUCAAGAAUGUCAAUACUCGCCGCACAAUAACACAGAACCACCAGAGUGAGGAGAGGCAGGCACCCGUCAUCCAGAGGCAGAAGUCAAGCUCCUUGCAGAACCUCCAGACCUCUGCUCCUAGGACAUCACCAACGAGGAAACCACCCAACCUGCGAGUAGAGAUUGCUCAGGCCAGUAACACCUUAGCGCAGAACCUUCAGAGGUUGGCUCAGGGAGAAUCCAUUGAUGAGAUUAAAAUUGACAGGAUUCCAAAAGAACAGCUCAUAUUUCAUUUUGUGCAAAUGAUGGACGAGUUACUGGUCGAGGACUCGAUUCAUCUCAGCAGACAGGAUAUAUGGCAAGGUGAACGUCAUCCCCAGGUACCCCUCCAGAGGUCCUCUUCACUCAGCUUUCAACCAGAUCAAACCUCUCAAGGCCUAGCGGGGAGUCCACCUGUUCACGUCAAGAAGAAACAGUUCAAUAAAUCUGAGUCUGCAAGUGACUUGAUCGUUAUGACCAAGUCCUUUGAUAGCCUUGUCCUGUCUUCCAUCCACCACUUGUCCAUCAAGAUGAAGGAUUCCGGUGACAAGAUUGCCUACAAGCUCAAGAAACUGCAGCAGCCUGGAGCCAGUGAGGAUGAGUUGUCAAAGGUUUUGAGAGACAGUGAGUUUCCUCUCCUCAAGACAAACAACAAGGAGAUUGCUGGCAUCCUCCAGAAUCUACGCAAGAUGGAGAAGAGACUGGAAGAAAUCCAUGGCAUGGUGGACCCUCGUAAUGAGAUCAAGCUUCCUGAGCAGCUCUCACCGGUGAAUCAGAUGAGACGGCAGUAUGCCACAGAGUUUAACUUCGCUACUGCCUCUGACUCUGAGACUCCCCUAGCUAUGUCAACAAGACACGUUGGUCGUGCUCCAGUCAACGCUAAUCUUCAGAGACAAAGGCAUGCACAGCAGCAGCAGCAGCAGCAGCAACAGCAGCAACAGCAGUAUCAGGAACAUGACGAGGAGGAGGAGUAUUAUCUAUGAGAUUUAUCUGAAACCCAAGAGACUUCAUGACCAUGACAAUGAGACAUGUCUGCUGGGCUCCAGUCAACCCUAACCUUCAGAAAUGGAGUUAGCAGCAGCAACAGCAGUAUCAAUAACAUGACGAGGAAGAGCGCUAUCUUUGAGAUAAAUCUAAAGAUGCCGAGGCUUCUUUGUCAUGACUAAGUGACGUGUCUGCUGUGCCCGGUCAACUAUAGACACAACCAGCAGCACCACCAUCUACAGCUUGAUUAAGAUGUGUAUUAUUACGAGAAAGAUUUGUCUCUGAAACUAUACGGACCAUGAAGACAAAACAAUGUGGUCAUGCCUCAGUCAACCUAGAAACUCCUGAGUCAGGAAAACAUGAUGAGGAGAGAUUCACCUGAAGUCUUCAAGAGACUUCUUUCGCUUUGAGGAAGAGACAUGUCACCUGGGCCCCAGUCAACCCCAAUCUUCAAAGAUGGUGUUGCAUUUGAUUGACAUCCAGCAUCAGUAGUAUAAACAGUAUCAAGAACAUGAUGGAUAGGACCUGUGACAUUCAUUUGAACCAGUUCAUGGAGUACCAUAACUCAUAAUAUCCUCAUCCAAGUAUUAAACCUGUGAUGGAACACUUUCCUCACAAGGGGAUGUGAUACACUUCUGUAUUUCAGUGCAGGAAAGUUCCAGGAGUGAAAAGUGUAGUACGAGCUUUGAAGUUCAAUUCUUGUUCAAAGCCACAAUGCUGAACAAUUUGGAAUAAGUUUAUAUAGUUUGUUGUGAUUGCCAGGAUUGACUGGAAAACAGAGACAGAAAGCAAGAGAACAAAUACAGAAACCGUGGAUUCUAAACCAUACAUAUGUGAGCCAGAGUUGUUUGAGCCGAGCUACUUGACUAAAUGUACAAAGUAGCUCAGAUUGUCAAAACUUGCUGUCAUGAAAAAGAAGGAAAGCGUAGGAGAGAAGAGAAAAUAGAGUCUGCACACUAAAGAAUGAUCCAAGAGCUAUUCCAACUUUCCAGAUAUCAAGGCACUGUGUAGAAAUCCCUUACUGAAGGUGAUGAAAGUGAUGCGAUAUGCGAAACAGUUUGCAUUGUUGAGAUAGAAUAAUGGCAGCAGUGAAUAUGAUAGUGAUUGAACAUGCGACGCUCUACCAGUAUGGCGAUCUGCAAGCUUUAGAGGCGUAAACUCUUUUGUGUGAAGUGACACAAAAUGUAUUGUUCUCCAUAUAUACAUACCAAAGUUGGAUCAAGAAGUUAGCAGUCAUCCUCAUGCUCUGUGAUUAAUGAGGAAUAUGCAACAUGAUUAUGAUAGCUGUUCUUGCCAGAUGUUACUCAAGUUUAAACUCUUAUCUAUUGCCAUUUAUCUCACGGGUCAUGUUAUCCGAUUCACAUCCACAUGGUCGAGAUUUCCUUUCUUGUUUAGAGGCAGUAA